AUGGAUGCGGCUACGAUCGAACAACAGUUUCCUUUCCUCACGAAAGAGUACCUGCAAGGGAUUCUGCGGCGUGAACAGUGCGAGAGUGCCAUAUCGGUGGAUGAUUUCACCGUGGUCGCCCCGUUGGCCAAGGGUGAAAAUUAUUCUAGUGAUAUCUUGCGUGUAACUAUCAAAUAUUCCACCGGCAGCCACAAUCACAGAACGCAAACAUACAUCAUCAAAGUGUCCUUUGCUCGUGAGGAGGAUGCCGACCUACUAGAUGCGUACGAUGUGUUCAAGCGAGAGAUUGCCGUGUACGACGUGGUGUUGCCGAAGGUGGAGCAACUUCUCGGGUCCAUUGGCUAUGGCAAACGUUUGGCGCCGGUCGCUCAUGCUAUCCAUCCCACCACCGUGAAGCACUUCGUAUUCGAGGAUCUUUCCCUGCAGGGCUACAAGCCAGCCGCGCGCUCGGUCGGGCUGAACUUCCAGCAGUUACAGAUGGUGCUGGAAAAGAUUGCCAAGUUUCAUGCGGCCACUGCAGUUUUGUAUACGAUUGACGAGGAAAGUAUGGCAACGCAUCACUACCGGAACAUUAGCGAGGAUGUUCCUCAUUUCUAUCCGUUGUUCCAAAACAGCAUGGUGGGGUGCGGCAAACAGGCAGCUGGCUGGCCUACGACCAAGGGCAAAAUCGCCGACAAGCUGCUGGCACUAGAGAAAACCAUCGUGGCGAAGGGAUGCCGUGUGUACACCCGGCACGAGCCGGACUUCAAUGUGCUAAACCACGGUGACCUUUGGGUUAACAAUGUGAUGCUCAAGACAGAACCGAGUGGACGGUUACAGGACGUGAUACUGGUGGACUAUGCGACCGGAUUUUUCGGCUCACCAGCGAUCGACCUGAGCUACCUGUUGUUCACUUCCGCCGCCAACGACGUGACGAUCGAGGACUUCGAUCUGUUGCUACAGCAUUACCAUGGCGAGCUGGUGGAUACACUGACCAAACUCAAGUACAGUAAACCGAUACCCACCCUGCUGGACAUUCAGGUCGAGAUGCUCCGAAAGGGACACAACGGGGUCAUGUUCUCCACGUUCCUGAUACCACUCCGUUUGUUGGAGGACACUUCGAAUGCUGACCUUGGUGGACUGCUCGGGACGACGGAGGAAGCGAUCGCUUUCCGCAAGCGUCUUUUCUCGCAUCCAAGGUACCAGGAUCGUAUGGAGUACCUGUUGAACUUCUACGAUCGCAAGGGCUACUUGGAUUGAAUGUUUGACUCGUGAGUUGAAUAAAACCGACGCUUAAUUAAUGAGUCCAUAUGAAGCAACA